AUGAUGUUUCCAAGCAACUCCAUCUUGAGCGUUAUCUUCAUAUCCGAGCUCUGUGUGGGUGUCAUAGGAAACUCAUCGUUCCUCAUGGUGUAUGUUUACAGCUUCUUAAUCAAAGCUCACUUUAGCACACCUAUUGAUGCCAUUUACAUGCACCUAAUGAUAGUCAAUAUGUUGACGAUCAUAUUCCCUCUCAUACCAUAUAUCAUGUCAUCCUUUGGAGUACCCAUUUUUUUAGAUGAUGCUGGCUGUAAGGCCAUUUUAUAUGUAUACAGAGUCACCCAGGGUCUGUCCAUCUGCACCACCUCUAUUCUAAGCACAUUCCAAGCCAUCACCAUCACUCCCAGUAAUUCUAAAUGGUCAUUGCUUAAGCCUAAACUCUCUACAUGGACUUUUCGCUCCUUCCUGUUUUCCUGGUUCAUCAACUUACUCAUAUAUGUGCACAUCAUUGAGAGUGCGAUAGCAAAAAUCAAUUACACUGAUGUUGAUUUGGGAUAUUAUCAUCCUUACUGUAAACGCAGAGGACCUGAGUACCACAACUUAGAACUGUUCCUGAGUAUUAUCAUGAUAAGAGCUAUCUUCUUUUUGGCCAUCAUGAUGUGGACCAGUCUUUACAUGAUGACUCUCCUCUACAGACACCGCAAGAGAACCCAGCAUCUCCACAGCCCAAGCAUCUCCUCCCAUCCAUCUCCUGAACAAAGAGCCACUCAUAGCAUCUUGAUGCUGGUAAGCUGCUUUGUAUUAUUUUAUUUGUUGAAUAACUUCAUCACCCUUCCUGGGUUUUGUAUAUAUGAAAGAAUGCCAAGCCUGGGGGCAAUUACUGUAAUUAUAUCAUUAUUCUACCCCAUUUUCUGCCCAUUUUUAUUGAUGAACACUAAUAAAAUUAUUUCACAGUUUAUUUCUUCCAUACAAGUACUGAGAAUUACCUGUUUUCAAAGAGAAGUUGGUGACUGA